AUGGCCACGCGUAUCGGGACAUUAAAGAUGCUUCAUGAAACACGGCAAGCAGGAAUCGCAUCAAAAAUAGAAAUCCCCAGCCAUCGCCUCCAGCAUCUAUUUGCGGCCUCCAAGCGUUCAAACACCCAAACAUCAAACAAUCUUGGUCGGCAAGCAUCCGAACCGGCCCAGUCCUGGGCGCCUAAACAGACGCGCCGCCCCAAGAACUUGAACAAACAAAACCGGAUGCUUCAUCUUCACAGCACAAGACGAAACGACGAUACACUCCGUCGCGCACCGCCUGUUUCCGCCACGCCAUUGGCCCGCGACGCCGCCAUCUUGAAACUUCAGCUCAACUCAUUGCUGGCGAUGCUCUCCAUCUCUUCUGGUCCCGUCAAAAACGUCCAGAAAAAGAGACCCGCCCCAGCCCCUCGAAACGCCGCCUUGGAGCCAAUGGGCGGCUCCCCGUCCGUCGGCAGAAUCGCUCGUGGCCAAUCGCCAGCCAAUCUUGGCGAGCGGCAGCCGAAAAGAGGAGAGCCCCAGUUCAAGCGCCUAGUAACACGAGUAGGAUUGACAACUUGCGGGCGCGAAACGCAGUGUGAUAUGAUGAUGUGA